UUACCAAUAAAAGAGAAAGAAACGAUUGAGAAGAUAGGAAUAUGUAAUUAACAGUAAUGUAAAUCCUAAACGAAACAGUCAAGUCUCGUGUGAGUCAGUAAGUAUUCAGCAUUUCUUCUUCUUCUUCUUCUUCUCCGUUGAUCGAAUUCACUGUUUAUCAAGAACUAAAUCUGCAUUGCAGUGUUGCAAGUUCUGUGUUUAGUUGGAGAAUGUAUGAUAGAGGUUUAUGAUUCCUUUUAUAUUUGAAGUAGAAGCAUGUUUUGUGCACGGGGCUGUACUUUGGUUGAAAGCGUGCCGAUUUUUGGUUUGGUAAUUCACAGUGCAGAAGAUAGUAUUGCGGAUAAAUCUUAUUGAAACAGAAUUUGCCAAUAAUCUGGAAGCUCAAAUUGUUUGGUUGAGUCUGAAUAUAGAAUUGAUCAGAUGGGCAAGGAAAAUGAGCCGGAUAUGAAAAAAGAAGUUGGGGAUGAUGGUUCCUCGCGUGUGGAGACUGGGGAUUUAGAAUCUCGUUCUCGAAUUAGUCUGGAGAGGGAGAUGGGAUUGCCAUGUUGUCGCGUGUGCCAGUGUGCUGAGUCUGAUAAGCGAGGAGACGCUGCACUAGAGUUUUUGGGCAUCACUCCGGUUAUAGAAAGCAAGGGGGAAGUAAAGUCUGAUGACCAGGGAAUUCCAAAAGAUACGCCUGGUAACCGAAAUGUCAAAAGCAAAUCCGGGACGAUGGAAUUUGUAGGCCCUGAUGGGGAGGUUUUCAUAUGUAAGAAUGAUAGCGAUUUGGAAAAUGGUUUAUCUCAUGAAGAUACGUUACUAGAACUUGGUUGUUCUUGUAAAAAUGACAUUGCUUUGGUACACUAUGCUUGUGCACUCAAGUGGUUUAUCAAUCAUGGAUCUACCAUUUGUGAAAUAUGUGGACAUAUAGCAAAUAAUAUCAAAAUAUCUGACUUCAACAAGGUUGUUGGUUCUUUGAAAGAGUAUGAAGCGUUGAGGGAAAGAACUGUCAACGGAGAUCCUGGUCCUGCACAAGAUCGUCCAAAUACUACUGUGGAUCCUGAUGCCGUGGCUGCUAUCCGUAGGCAACGGUUAAGUGAAAUUGCACUAUGGUUUUGUCCUCAUAAUAGCAGUAACUUUAACGAUAAUAGCAAUGUGGGCUCAGUUUCACAGCUUGUUUCUCAGCAGCCUUUGAAUAUUUUUAUCGAAGAGGCUGGCCCCGAACAGAACACUGCAACUAAGUGGGCCGUAGAAGGUACUGGGAUCCUCCUUGCUACAGGGCUGCUUACCAUCACCCUUGCAUGGCUUAUAGCUCCUCGUGUUGGGAAGAAAACUGCAAGAAGUGGUCUUCAUAUCCUACUUGGAGGUGUUUGUGCUUUAACGGUGGUGAUUUUUUUCCGCUUCUUUGUGCUUACCAGAAUCAAGUAUGGACCUGCACGUUAUUGGGCAAUAUUGUUUGUUUUCUGGUUUCUUGUCUUUGGAAUAUGGGCUUCUCGGACACACAGUGCCAAUACAACAUGAACAUGAUCCCUUGGUACAAAGCUUUACCAUAUUUGUUUAGUCCUACCUCCCUAUUUUCCCUUGGCCCCUGCCAUCUGUUUUUUAACUCUUGUUUUAUUUCCUCGGCAUCUUAAAAUUUUUGUGAUUAUUCACUAUGAAACUACUAAAGAGUCUAUUUGUUAGAUUUUCAUAUUUGUGGAAUGUAAAAUAAUAAUUAUACGUUCUUUAGCUAGACUUCAAGUCGUACAUAAAUGUAUACUCUGUAAGUACGAUUAUGAAAAAUAUCCAGACUCAAUUAGUGGCACACCAUUGGUAAAACGAGUAGCUAUGGGAGAUUGUUCCUGAGCUCGACCAUCUCUUGCCCUUAUAUCAAAA